AGCAUCAGUUUGAAAGUAUCGUUGAAAGAGUUAACAACUCGAUUCAAGUUCUCUUCUACCAAAAUUUUUCCAAGUGAUAAAGAUUCUGUUGAAGAUGGAUAAAAACCAAGGAAACCGUACAAACCAAUGCAACCCAAACCACGAAAAAAGCGGAUCUGGACGUAUUGCUGGUUAUGAUGGAUCAGGCACAAAAGCGGAUUUGGAUAAUCACGCCAACCAGAUGAACCCAAAUGACCCUAAUCAAGGAAACCGUACAAACCAGUGCAACCCAAACCACGAAAAAAGCGGAUCUGGGCGUACUGCUGAUUAUGAUGGGUUAGCCACUAAAACGGAUUUGAAUAAUCACGCCAACCAGAUGAAUCCGAAUAACGGUGAAGAGAAUAAUCCUCAGAAAUAAUUUGAGUCUUUGUCGUGUUGUGUUAUUGUAUGAGCACAGUCA